AUGAAGAAGAGAGUGAUUGCCACGAGAGACGCAAAGCUAGAGAGGAUGAGUUUCAUGGAAAUCGGAAAUGGGAGAUUAGUCGUCAUUGUGUUGGAGAGAGAUUAUGCUAAUUUCUCGUUGCUUGUAAUGAGAGGCGUUACAGUUUAUUUACUACAGAGGAAGGAAGGUCUUUGUGUUACUAUUACUUAUUAG